AUGGGUACCCUUUCCCCCACGGGGAAACCCCCCCUGGCUCGACCCCGGAGCCCCCAACAUGAGAAUCCUAAAUUUGAAGUUGCUUCGCGAGCUCUAAGCAAGGAUGGGUUGGAGGGCGGCGGGGAAAACCAUGGCGAGGGGGAUGGGAGAUGGGAGGUCGGAGAUACUCGUCACGUCCCGACACUCAUAAAGAAGCGCCCCCCUCUCUAUCUCCCUCUCACCACCUCGACCCCAAACAUCAUCUGUUCCCUUGUUUCCAUCUUUGUCCAUAUUUGCUCACACUCUCCGGCCACCAUGUCUUCCACCGAGGUUCCCAACCCCAACGCCGUCAACUCCCCUCCCAAGGGUUCUGCCCCAGACGUCCCCGAAGGCCGCGGCUCGGGCGACAAGAGGGACAACGAUGAAAUCAUCCACUCCGAAGACCCCGAAGUCCAAUCGAUCGAUAUGGACAGCAAGAAUCAACAGCGAUACGGUAAAAUCGACAAGGAGCUGGCCAAAUAUGUCGCCGAAGAUCGCAUCUACAUCUCCCCCGAGCGCAACGACGAGCUCCGCCGAAAAGUCGACCGCCGCGUCCUUGUCGUCAUGAUCUUGACGUACUUCCUCCAGGCUAUCGACAAGGGCACGAUUUCCUUUGCCUCUAUCAUGGGUCUUCCCGAGGACACGGGUCUGGUUGAUGCCAGCGGUGGCUUGAAGCAAGAAUUCUCCUGGCUCACCACGGUGAUUUACCUCGCAACUCUCGUGGUCGAAUACCCUCAGAACUGGCUGCUGGCUCGCGUGCCCAUCGCAAAGUACCUCAGCGGUUGCAUCAUUGCGUGGGGAACGGUUCUAGCUUGCCACGCCGCCUGUCGAAACUUUACCGGUCUCGUCAUCGUCCGUACCCUUCUCGGAACCUUCGAGUCCGUUUGCCAACCCGCCUUCGUCCUCCUUUCAUCCAUGUGGUACCGUCGUGAGGAACAAGCCGCGCGUGUGACAUACUGGUAUAUGAUGAACGGUGCGCAGCAAAUCGUGGGCGGCCUGCUCGCCUACUGCUUCAGCUUGAUCACAUCGGGGCCGCUCAAGUCGUGGCAGUGGCUGUUCCUAUCAUACGGCAUCAUCUCGGUCAUCUACGGCUUCUGGGUCGGGUGGUGGAUGCCCGACUCGCCCAUGCGGGCCAAGUGCUUCACCGAGGAGGAGAAGCACGAGAUGGUGGAGCGCGUGCGAGACAACCAGACGGGAAUCCAGAACCGCGAGUUCAAGAAGAAGCAGUUCGUGGAAGGGCUCGCCGACCCUCAGGUCUGGGGCUACUGCAUGAUCUCCAUCUGCACCACGCUGCCGACCUCGGGCCUCGGCGCCUUCGCCAACAUCAUCAUCAAUAGCUUCGGCUUCAGCGUCCUGGAGACCCAACUUCUCGCCAUGGUGCUGGGCUUCUAUAUCAUCAUCGUCCUGAUGAGCUCCAGCUGGCUGGUCAAGAAGACGAGCCAGAACCUGUGGAUCAUGCUCGUUUAUUGUAUUCCGUCCUUCGUCGGUACCAUCUUGCUCAUGACGGUCCUCCCAGGAGACCGGUCGCGGAAUAUUGGGCUUCUAAUCAGCUACUACAUCACCCUUUCUUUCUGGGCCGCCCAGACACUGGCGCUGUCGCUCAUCUCGCGGAACAUCGCCGGCCAGACCAAGAAGACGGUGGCCGUCGCCCUGAACUUCAUCUGCUGGGCCGCCGGCAAUGCAAUCGGCCCUCAAGUGUUCCUUUCCUGGGACGCCCCCCGGUACUACAUCGCCUUUGCGACACACCUGGGAUGCUACAGCGUCCUGGUACUGGUGAUUAUGGCGCUGCGGUUCUACCUCGUGCGGCAGAACAAGAAGCGGGACGCCCUGGCAGCCGCCGGCGUGCAGGAGGCAAGCAAGGAUUACGUGGUGCACGCUUGGGAGGACUUGACGGACCGGGAGAAUCUGACCUUCCGCUAUGCUGGAAAACACGCAGUAAGAAGCAAGCGGAAAGAGAAGUGCCGGGAAAGUCGUGAAUGUUGUCGCCACGUCGUCCCCACGUCGUCAAGGACAUUCUGCUUUUACAAGAAAUCUGGCGUCGUCAGAGAUCCUCCGAGGCACGACGUUUUUCCAAGCUCAACACAAUGCGAGCCCCACAUCGGCGAUUGGCUGUGCCGCCGCAACACCACCACUGAGGUUGUUUAG